CGCGUCAGCAUGGCCCUAUAAUCCUCUGCGGUGGCGGAAGCGACCUCUUUUUCGCCCGGGCGGCGCGGCUCAAGAUGGCGGUGCAGAUCUCCAAGAAGCGAAAGUUUGUGGCUGACGGUAUCUUCAAAGCUGAACUGAAUGAAUUUCUGACUCGGGAGCUGGCCGAAGAUGGCUACUCCGGAGUGGAGGUCCGCGUUACCCCAACCAGGACAGAAAUCAUCAUCCUCGCUACCAGAACUCAGAAUGUUCUGGGUGAGAAAGGGCGCCGAAUCCGUGAGCUGACAGCUGUUGUCCAGAAGCGGUUUGGCUUUCCCGAAGGAAGUGUUGAGCUCUACGCCGAGAAGGUGGCCACGAGGGGUCUGUGCGCCAUUGCCCAAGCAGAGUCCCUGCGUUACAAGCUUCUGGGAGGGCUUGCGGUGCGUAGGGCCUGUUACGGUGUCCUCCGCUUCAUCAUGGAGAGCGGAGCCAAGGGCUGCGAAGUGGUUGUGUCGGGAAAGCUACGUGGCCAGAGAGCCAAGUCCAUGAAAUUUGUGGACGGCCUGAUGAUCCACAGCGGAGACCCGGUCAACUACUAUGUCGACACUGCCGUGCGCCACGUCCUCCUCAGGCAGGGUGUGCUGGGCAUUAAGGUGAAGAUCAUGCUGCCCUGGGACCCGAGUGGGAAGAUUGGCCCCAAGAAGCCCCUGCCGGAUCACGUCAGCAUCGUGGAGCCGAAGGAGGAGAUCCUGCCCACCACCCCCAUCUCGGAGCAGAAAGGCACGAAACCGGAGCAGCCGCCCAUGCCGCAGCCUGUUCCCACUGCAUAAGGGGUGAGAAGGAGCUUCGCUUUU